AUGACCAGCAAUGACCGACAUGCCAGCAUCGAUUCACCAUACCGGACGGGCCGCCACGUCCCGCUAAACCGCCAAGAAACAUUGACCUCGAUCGCCACGGCCUCCGAAUCCCGCGCCGACAUCACUUCUCCUUAUGGCGACGAGUCCGGCCGUCUGAAUCAUGGCAUUGAUGGCACAGCCUAUACAGGAGCUGGUCUCCCACCAGUGGCCUCUCCUCUGUCAGCCGUGAGCCCCGGCCUGGGGGGACCAUACUCGCCGGGUCUGCGUUCUAUGGGUGCCCAGCGCUCCAGAGAUGAUGGCUUCGAGACUGUUACAAGUCCAGGAGAAAUCCCGAUGCAGAACUUCGCCAACGGCGCGCCACCUCCACCCCCUAUUGGCCACUCAUGGAGGCGAAUUGAUAGUUGGGCCGAGGAGAACUAUCCUGAGCUCUUUGACCAGAUUUGCGAGGGCUGCACAAACAACGACUUGAACGAGUUGGAGCAUCAGCUUGACUGCACACUGCCCCAGGAUGUUAGAGACUCCUUGGCUAUACACGACGGCCAGGAGCGGGGCGGCAUCCCGACAGGCGUCAUCUUCGGUGCCAUGCUCAUGGACUGCGAGGAGAUUGUUCAGGAAUGGGAUCAGUGGCGCCGCGUCAACCAGCAGUACCUGCUCGAUAAUAGCGUAGCCCAGCCCGCCGUUCCUUCAAGGACGUUCGCUGGACCCAGCAACGGGCAGGCCUCGACAUCACGUUCGGCUGCCAGUUCUCCGAGCUCGCAGAAGAGUUCGUGGCGACAGAAUCUCAUGGAGCGACAAGACUCGGUGCCUAUGGGUGCGGUCCAGCGCGCGUACGCCCACCCGGCCUGGAUCCCCUUGGUGCGCGAUUGGGGCGGCAACAACCUCGCGGUUGACUUGGCACCUGGACCUACCGGCACUUGGGGUCAGGUGAUUCUCUUUGGCCGCGACUACGACACAAAGUAUGUGGUUGCGCCUUCCUGGGCGGCAUUCUUGGCAGUUGUUGCAGACGACCUCAACAGCGCCAAGUGGUACAUUGAUGAGGACAACAACGAGCUCAAGCUUCGCGAGUUUAAGACUACCCGGGUUGAGCCAUCCUAUUUCGAUAUUCUGCGUUGGAGAGCGGACCAGAAGAACGGACGUACAGCCAAGGCCACCGCGAAACGGAAGUCGAUGGCCCCCAAUGGCAUUUCUCCUGGUGGCUCACCCUACGCCAGCCCCGUGGAUACCCACAACGAAGCCCGUGGUCGUUCACUGCAGAGACUCAGCAACCCUUCUCCUCUGGCCAGCCCGGUGCGACCAGGCUUGGGCAAGCCCAGCCCUCUGGCGAGGGUUACUGAGGAGGCGGGCGCCUCUGAAGGUGCCACCGCGGCGAAUGGUGUCAACCACGAUAAGCUCGUCGAGGUUGAAACGCCGCGUGCGAGUGCUGACGUACAGUCAACUCCGACCCUGCAGGAACCCAAGCCAAAGGAUCGCUCGUCUCUCAAAGUCGAGUCUGUCGUCGAGGCUAAACCCACCGACACCGCUGACGACUCGAUGAAGACGAUCGAGAUCUGA